AGCCUACAUUUCCCAUCAAGUCUACAGGGAGGGCCCACAUUUUUUUUUUCUUUUCUGUGCUUUCAGUUUGCACUGCAUCAGCUGGACUAGGACGCGCAGCGGCAGCCUCUGUCACUCUCCGGGCGAAAGUACACUCUUUUUUUUUAUUUUGAUUUAAUACUUAUUCCAAAAGCGUUUGAUAAAUAUUUUAGAGUUUUAGAUCAAAAUUAUCGGAAAAAAAACUGAUUGGUACUACUACGUUCCUAAAAUAGUUAUUCCAAACAAUUUUUAAAAAACACAUUAGAACGCGUUUUCCCCCUCCUUUCUUGGAAGACACUUGUGGCUGAUACGCGGUGGGAGUUCAGCAUCGGACUAAAGCUCUUUAGUUGGACAGAACAGCUCGCCAACGCCUUUCUGGACUCCUUUACAGCUCGGCGACUCUCCCCGCGACCCAUGAGCCGCUGAAAAAAAAAGCACCAGACGACGACAUCGAGGAAAAGUAGUUCGAAAGUCACAAUGGGCUGCACCAUCAGCGCCGAAGACAAAGCUGCCGUGGAGAGGAGCAAGAUGAUCGAUAAAAACCUGCGAGAAGACAGAGAGAAGUUAUUGAGAGAAGUGAAGUUGCUUUUACUCGGUGCUGGGGAAUCGGGGAAAAGCACUCUAGUCAAGCAGAUGAAAAUCAUUCAUGAAGAUGGCUACUCAGAGGAGGAGUGCAGUCAGUACAAAGUGGUGGUCUACAGCAACACCAUCCAGUCCAUCAUGGCCAUCAUCCGGGCAAUGGGACACUUAAAGAUCGACUUUGGCGACGAGGCCCGGGCGGACGAUGCCCGACAGCUCUUUGCGCUCGCCAGCUCGGCAGAAGAAGGGACGAUGUCGGCGGAGCUCAGCGGCGUGAUCCAGCGGCUGUGGGCCGACAGCGGCGUCCGGGCCUGCUUCGACCGAUCGCGAGAGUAUCAGCUCAACGACUCUGCUGCAUACUACCUGAACGACUUUGACAGGCUCUGUCAGCCCAACUACAUCCCGACCCAGCAGGACGUGCUGCGGACGCGUGUCAAGACCACAGGCAUCGUUGAAACUCACUUCACCUUCAAAGAUCUCUAUUUUAAGAUGUUUGACGUGGGUGGUCAGCGCUCAGAGAGGAAGAAGUGGAUUCAUUGCUUUGAGGAAGUCACAGCCAUCAUUUUCUGUGUUGCUCUCAAUGACUAUGAUCUGGUCUUGGCUGAGGAUGAGGAGAUGAACCGCAUGCAUGAGAGCAUGAAGCUGUUUGACUCUAUCUGCAACAACAAGUGGUUCACAGACACCUCCAUCAUCCUCUUCCUCAACAAGAAGGACCUGUUUGAGGAGAAGAUCGACAGGAGCCCGCUCACUAUCUGCUACCCGGAGUACACAGGUGAGAAUUCGUACGAGGAAGCGGCAGACUACAUCAAGGUCAAGUUUGAAGACUUAAAUAAACAAAAGGACAGCAAGGCGAUCUACACCCACUUCACUUGCGCCACGGAUACCAAGAACGUGCAGUUUGUGUUCGACGUCGUCACCGAUGUUAUCAUCAAAAUCAACCUGGCGGAUGUUGGGCUCUACUAAGCCACAAAAGGUGUCUAAAGGGGACUCUGGUCGUCUUGACUGCUAUGUGUUGUCUGCAUAAGGUGCAGUGCAGUGUUUUACACAAGGACAAAGAUGGUGCCGUCUGCACCAAGUGUCGCAACCACCAUUGUGUGGACUUGCUUCAUGAUACCUUUUAGCCUUGGCCGGAUUUUUGCUGGGAUGGAGAGAUUGGUGAGAGCGGCUAGCCAAGCAAUCCCUGCGAGUUCUUUGCUUGGUCUUUGCAUUCGGGGCAGGUAAUCGACAGCGUUGAACACCUUACAGUAUGUCUGUUUUCACACGGAAGCAGCUUAUGUGUUAAUUCACUUCAUCCGGUUAAAUGUUUUUCUUGCAAGUAGUUGGAUUACAUAGCUCUUAUUUUGAAAUUGGCUCCCAGUGUUGCUUUGGAGUCUUUGAAUGCCAACUUUCAUAGGGGACAUUGUUUUACAUAUAGGUCCUGGCUUCGCUUAGCAUGAAGUCUAAUAAAUUCCACAGCAGCACAAUCUGAUUUUUGAUUAUAUCGAACGAUAUCACUGCACUUAAAUUCAUCAAGGAAAAUUAUGUAAUUUCUUGGCUCUAUUUUUUCAUAUAGGAGGCUCAGUCGUGAAGCCAUUUUUACCCCCCCCCCCCCAAAUGAUUAAAAAAGUGCAUAUUUGUUUAACAGCUCUCACUUCAUACUCGGGAGUCCUUUAUUCUUUCCCUCGUGUCCUGUUCAAAGAAGGCCGAUCAAUCAUUUUUCCCAUUUGGAAUUUGCAUGUCUUUGCUCUGCAUUUAUAUUGGCUCAUUUUAACAUCAUUAGCCGAGAGGAAG